AUGCUUUUUCUAUUUUUUGCUAUAUUUUUUGAUUUAUUGAGAAUUUUCAAGGCUCAAAAUGCAAUAGGUAAUAGAUUUUCAGCCAAAAACCAUACAUUUUCAGCCAGAAAAAUCUGAAAAUUCCAGAAUAUCCCGGGCGAAUCGGUGGAAGAUGUGGAUAUUUUCAAUUCGAUUGCGAUCCAGGCUCUCGAGUUCCACUUUGUAUUCCGAUUUCAGCGAUUCGCGAUUGCACAGCAGAUUGUCCGAAUCGAAGUGAUGAAUGUGUGUGUGAAGUCUAGCCUAGCAUGAGCAAUCCCCUAUAACCUGAGCAAUGCUCGAAUUUUACAGGGUGUCCGCAAGGCAAAAUCCUAUGCGAUUCAGGAAUCAAAUCGGAAAAAUGUGGACAAUGCGUGUUCUCGCACGAGUUAUCAACACAUUGUUUGGACCGGAAAUGUAACUUUCCAGGCUGAAAAUUCCAGUUUCCACCCGAAAUUUCCAGGGCAACAUCUAUGCGCCUAUGAGGGAACCGUCAAAUGUGCUCACACGAUGAAUUGUGUGUUUCAAAAAUGGUUGAUGGACGGGAAGAAUGAUUGUGGUGAUGGAAGUGACGAGGAUAUUUGCAAUCAGGGUUUGGUGCAAUGCAAUCUGGAGACUUCUACUGCUAUUUUGCAGUCUUCUUCUUCCAUGCCAAAAUUUUCGGGGGAUAAUGAGACGGUUUUUAAUGUUACUGGUGAGUGGUUUACACAAGGAAUUGACAUUUUCAUGUUUUUUUAAGCAAAUGAGUUGAAAUAUUGGAUUCUAAUGUUAUUCAUAUGAUAGAAUGGUCUAAGACGAACAGAAUGAUAUGAAUUUUGAUGACUUUACGUUAUCCAUAAGUGAUUUAGCGAGGUUUAGUCGUUAAGAUCGUCUAAACGACGCUAAAUUACUUAUGGAUAAGGUAAAGUCAUCAAAAUUUCUAUCAUUCUGUUCGUCUUAGACCAUUCUAUCAUAUGAAUAAUUUUAGAUCUUCAAAUGGGCUAUUUUUUUUAUUUGACAGCUACAGUACCCAGGACAAAAAUCCACACAAAAUUUUGCCCUAAAAAAAUUUCGGGAGUACGGUAUGCGCCUUUGAAUGCACACAGUCAAAUUUCUUAGAUCAAUCGGUUAAAGUUAAAGACACAAGAAACACUGGAAAAAACAGAUUUCCCGCAUUUAUUUUCAAACGACAAAACAAGCAUGUGCGCUCUAGCGAAACACUGUGUGCACACACUUUCAAAAUUUCCGUCGGCUGAGCGAUUUCAAAAACAAUUAUUUUAUUUUUUCACUUUUGCUAGACUCAAAAUUUUCUCUUGAUUUUCAUGAAUUUCGAUUACUUGAAAGGUGUUAUGAAUGAAUAACAAACUCAUUUUCUGCUCAUUUCUAGGUGCUCUUGUGUCUUUAACCAUUUUUCAUGAUUAAAAAAGCAAAAAUGAUUGUUUUUACGAGAGGAAAACGAUGAAAGCAUCGAAAAAUCAUGAAAAUGAACGUGGAAAAAUUUUUUGAAAUAUCGAUUUGUUCACUUCCUUUAGUAGGAUUUUUCGCCCAUUCAGACCGCAACCAUUCGAUUCCUCGUGCAAUUUUACCUAUAUUUCGAUAAUAAAGUCAAAAAAUCACGUGGACCCCGGUAGUCUUUUUUAGAACUGAAAACUUCCCAUAAGCGCGCACAUUUUCAUGAUUUUUCGAUGCUUUCAUCGUUUUCCUCUCGUAAAAACAAUCAUUUUUGCUUUUUUAUUCAUGAAAAAUGGUUAACUUUAACCGAUUGAUCUAAGAAAUUUGACUGUGUGCAUUCAAAGGCGCAUACCGUACUCCCGAAAUUUUUUUAGGUCAAAGUUUUGUGUGGAUUUUUGUCCUGGGUACUGUAGCUGUCAAAUAAAAAUUUUUUAGCCCAUUUGAAAAUUUCGACUUUUUUUUGUCCGACAGAUUUUUCAUUUUUACAAAUAACGUCUUGCCUUAAGUCGAAUUGCCUUAAGCCUGUCUAUCCUAUGAUUACGAUUAGAGCGUAAGAUUUCAACUCAACUGCGCAAAAAAUAUCAAAAUUUCAUUUUUUGUACACCGUGAUGCAAUUCCACGAGUCCGCGUUCGUGGUAGAUAGUGCCGCUGCGCGGAAGCUUGCGGCACGUGUAUAUGUAGCACGGUAUAUUUGAGCCAAAAAAACUCAUUUUCACAAAGUUCCCUUAAUUCUCAGAACGCUGUGACAUCGACGAAUUCCGAUGUUCAAAUGGUCAAUGCCUGAAAUCCUCGCUCGUCCUUGAUUCCAAGGAAGAUUGCCUCGAUGGAAGUGAUGAAAGUAAGCAAAUUUUAGCAAGCGCGCUCCAUUGAUAACUCCGCAAUUUUCAGAUUAUUGUGAGAUGAGCGAGACCGAAUGUUCGGAAAAAUCACGAUGCUCUUUCCAACGCGACAUUUCGGCGUUUGGUUGUGGAUGUCCACGUGGAUUCGAUAGAUCUGAAGUUGGGAUUUGUGAAUUACUAAUUGAGGCAGAUAAUUAA